UUUUGUCCUCUGAUAAAUGAUAUAAAAAGAUCGAAGCCACCAUCUUCUUAGAUUCUCAAACACAGGCAAUAUUGGUCUUCAACAAUAAAAUGGUAGUACAUUCAGCUUCGUCCUCCUUUCAACUCCUCUCCAUCAAAAUGGGUGUCAUCCCUCUACAUUCAUCUUCUUCGCCUGUAAUACUACUGCAUCGCACCAACUUCUUACGGCUGCGAAAUACAUGCAAUCUGUGCCAAGGAACGGUCAUUCACUCUCGGCGCACAAAGCGAUUGUCAGCAACAGGAGAGAGUGAACGCCGAUCAGCUCAUUAUCAUCCUACCAUUUGGGAUCACCAACUCAUUCAGUCAUUGAAGAAUCCUUACUCGAAUGAAGUCUCCCAUGGUCGCUUAGAGGAGCUCAAGAAAGAAGUAAAGCAGCUGAUCCGGUCCAACAAGGAUCCAUUGGUUCAAUUGAAACUCAUUGACUCAAUUCAACGAUUGGGUGUGGCUUACCACUUCCAGGAUGAGAUCAAAGACUCCCUUCUUCAUCUGGUUCAUUUGGAGUGCAAUCAUGAUCUCUACACUGCUGCUUUAAAAUUUCGAAUUUUUCGAGAACAUGGCUAUCAAAUUAGUUCAGAUGUGUUCAAUGAAUUCAAAAACAAGGAUGGGAGCUUCAUGGACUGCUUGAAUAAGGAAACCCAUGAGGGUCUCUUGGGGUUAUAUGAAGCUUCACAUCUUGGAAUGAAUGGAGAAGAUGUUUUAGAGGAAGCCAUGGAAUUCAGCAUCUCUAGUCUCAAGUCAUCAAUGAUGACAGAACAAGUGAGACAAUCUCUGGAAGUUCCAUUACACUGGAGAAUGGUGAGAUUAGAGGCUAGGAACUACAUAAAUAUUUGCGAGGAAGAGGAGCAAACGAAGAGUAGUUCAAGAAUAUUGGUUGAGCUAGCAAAGCUGGAUUUCAACAUUGUCCAAUCAGUACACCAAAGGGAAUUAAAGGAGCUCUCCAGUUGGUGGAGUGACUUAGAUUUCAAAGAAGAGCUUUCAUUUUCGAGGGACCGAUUAGUGGAAAAUUUCUUAUGGGCAGUUGGAAUUAUCUAUGAUCCCCAAUUCUCCAGAUGCAGGAUAGGGCUCACCAAAUUAAUUUCCAUUUUAACAGUAAUUGAUGACAUUUAUGAUGUAUAUGGAUCACUAGAUGAACUUGAACUCUUCACAAAUGCAAUCGAAAGGUAA